AUGGGAAAUCUACAAAGUAAACCGGUAGCGCGGCCUGUUAUCAGUGAUGACGACCCAACAUUACCACUGAGCAGAAAAAUUGCCAUUGUUGGAAUUGGAUGCCGAUAUGCAAAUGGAAUCGACAGCGUUAGUAAAUUCUGGAAAAUGUUGACGGACAAAAUCGACUGUACAACACCUCCCACAGAAGAUAGUUCUUUUGGGUUUGGGGGUGCAAAUGCACAUCUGGUAUUUGAAGCAUAUAACCCACCCAAUGAGAAAAGACUGCCAAAGACAAGAAAGAAGGAAAUGAUAGGACCCAUAGUUGGAGAUGAAGUAUCUUUACCAAUACUUCUAGUUCUUUCUUCUGCAACAAAAGAAGGAUUAGUGAAUUGCGUGGCAGACUGGAUUAGUUAUUUGGAGAAUGAGAUUGGACAAAACCACACCAAUUUUAUAAAUGCUGCAUUCACAGCUAGUAUGAAGUCACAGCAUCAUUCAUAUAGAAUAGCAAUAAUAGCAAGAACAAGAGAAGAUGCCAUUGCAGAACUGAGAAAACGACGAGAUGGAAAGCCAUCACCUAAUUGUGUUGAAGGCACUUCUAAUGACGACAGAACUCCAAUAGUAUUUGUAUUUUCCGGUAUGGGUACUCAGUGGUGGGGAAUGUCACGGCAGCUAAUGAAUUCCGUUCCGCAUUUUCGUGAUACAAUAAAGAAAAUUGACAUGAUUCUUCAUAAAUGGGGCGCUAAGUGGUCACUUGUACACUUGCUUAUGCAAGAAACUAACCCAGAUGCCAUAGCCAGUACAGGAAGACUAGAUACGUCAUUUUUUAUCUAUCCUGGGGGGCCAGACAAGAAAACGUUGGGUAAGAUGUACAACAAAUGUGGUGGAUACCUAACACAAGAUGUUUACACCUUUGACAGACAAUUCUUCAAGAUUCCUCCAGAUGAAGCGAAUAACUUGGAUCCUCAAGUGAGAAUUCUACUUGAAGUGGUUUGGGAAACACUGGAGGAUGCUGGAAUAAAACCAUCUUCAAUACGAGGGUCAAAUACAGGCGUGUAUGUUGGCUCUACUGCCAAUGAGUAUUCAUCAAUGUCUUUAUAUCCAUUUGACAACAUUACCCAGUAUACAAACUCAGUACUACAUUCCAUUGAAGUAAUACAAGAUCGAUUAGCCAGCAGUAAUCUCAAUGAUGAAUUGGAUAUUGCUGCCAUAAAUAGUCCCUUGCAGAUUGUAAUUUCGGGUAAAACAAGUGCAAUUAAGCAAUUUAGUGAAGAAUUGAAGGCAGAUGGUAUUAAAAGCAUGAUCUUAAAAGUCAAUAAUGCGUUUCACAGUCAUCAGCAAGAAGCCAUCAAAACGAGAUUUCUGAAAAAGUUGAAGUUUCUUUCUGAACACAAGAAGAGAAAUGUUGGAUUAUACACUCAAUCUAUUCCUAUGAUGUCAACAGUCACCAAACAAUACAUAUCUUCUGAGAAUAUCAUGGAUCCCCAAUACUGGUGGAAAAAUGUACGAUACCAAGUCAAGUUUAUGACAGCCAUUGAAACACUCGUGAAUGAAGGCUAUACUUGUUUUCUGGAAAUCGGACCCCAUCCAGCAUUAAUUCCUCCUAUGAAUGAAGUUGCACUAAUGAUGAAGCCACAACCUAGUAAGUUUUCUGUGACCCAUUCAAUAAAACGACCGAAAGAUACACAGUCUUUAGCAGAUGACAUGACUCAUUUGUGCCAGGCACUAGGGAAACUAUUUGUUGAAGGCUGCCAGGUAGAUCUACAAGUAUUAUUCUGUAGCAAAAAAUGUGAACUGGUACAAGUCCCAACUUAUCCAUGGCAACGAGUACACUGCACUGUUGAAACCAAAAUCAUUAGGAGUAUGUAUAGAUUCCCGAUGGAAAACCAUGCUUUACUUGGCAAAGAACUAGAAGUAUCUUCAUUUUCCAACUCUCAGACCCGUGUCUGGAAUUCUGAGAUUUCUCAAGUUGUUCUUCCAUGGAUGAAUGAUCAUAUUGCCCAAGGCAAUGUUAUUUUACCAGCAACUGCAUAUGUUGAAACUGCAUUAGCAGCAUCCAGAUCUAUGUCUACUGAUGAUACUGAGAUACAUCUGCAGAAUUUAGUUUUUAAACGAUUCCUAUAUGCACCAUCUUCUAGUGCAAUACUUGAAACUACAUUGGAAAAAGAUGGAGAGAAUUCAAAGUUUUCACUCAGAAGCAAAGACAAGAAUAGGAAUCAAUGGACAUUACAUGCAACAGGUGAUGUCAAAUUGAUGAUGGAUAAUGGUAAUUCAUCCAACGCUUGGCAUCCUUCAAAGUGUGAUUUUAAAGAAGUUAGAUACAGAUGUCAACAGAUGAUUUCUCAUGAUGGAUUCUAUUUGAAAGCUGCUCAAAGUGGAUUUAACUUAGGAGAUUCCUUCCACUCUGUUAACAGUAUUCUACACAAUGCUGAUUUUUCAGAGGUACUGCUCUUUGCUGAGAGGUCUUUAGCUGUAAAGAGGGAGGGUAAGAGGUACAUAUUCCACCCAGCCUACCUUGAUGCAGUGUUCCAGACAUUUGCAGUUAUCCAGCUGGCUAAAGAUAAAAACGAAGCAGAUGAAAAUGGAAUACCAUUUGAUCCAGUGUUUGGUGUACCACACUCGAUCGGAGAGAUGAAAUUCAAGGGAAUGGUACCUAAUUCAAUAAUCUGUCAUAUUGAAGUAGAUAAAAAUGACCAGAAUGAAUAUGUUUGUAAUGCUGUAAUGACUGAUGCAAUCAAUGGCGAUGUGUUCUGCUUGAUGAAACAUUUGAAAUUUGCAAAGAUUUUAUCUUCAACAGAACAGCUUCGGCUGUGGUCGGUAAGCUGGCAGAAAAUUUCUUCUACUGAAGUCACUCCUGUCAAAUACAUAAGAGAAGAAGGGCUCACAGAAAACCUACAACCCGAUAAGACAGCUAUAGAAAAUAUAACAUUGACUCCCAUUAAUGAAGCAAAAGCUGUUCUGGUUAUCCCUGAUCUGCAAGGUUUUUCCCAACUCUUGAAAGUUAUGCUCCAGUCAAAUGGAGUUAAAGUAAUGAUUACUUCAUCAUACACCCCAGAAGACAAAAGGGAAUGGAAUAGUGAGUUGAAGAAGGCCAUUAAUAUGUUUAUGCCGACUGAUGUUAUCAUAGCAUCAUCAUUGGAUGUUGACCAGGAUUUGAACUCACUAAAUUCCUGGAGGAGUUUCACGCAUACCCAGUCAGUUGGGGGAAUCCUUGCUGUAAAUGUAUACAGUAUACUUAAACAACUUGAAGUUGAAGUAGAGUCUCCACCAACGUUGUGGUUGUUAACACGAUGUUCCCAAGCUGUUGCUGAAUAUGGAGAAACCAUACCUUCAAAUGUUGGAGUUCAAGCAGUUGGUAUAACCAUUAUGCAUGAAGAUCCUGAGUUUCCAGUCAAAACAGUUGACCUUCCAUUGCACUGUGAUGUUUCUAAAUUAGCAGAAAAUGUAUCAAAUCUAAUCCAAAGACCACUGCCAUUUGAAAAUCAGAUUGCACUCAGACCUUGCAGAAGUACAGAAUCUGGACAAACCCCUGAGACAGACAUAAUAUUUGACUUAUAUGCACCAAGAUUGCUGGUUGAACCAAAAUCGACUUACACUGGUAGAGUAACAGCAGAUAAAUGGAGGAUGGAAAUGAGUGAUGCUGACUUCCACUUCAGUAAUGAAUCAACUGACCUUGGUGAUGUGCAGCAAGGCAAAGUCAAGAUCAAGGUUGAAGCAUUUAUGCCACUCAUAGUCCAAGAGGAAUCAGCAUUAGAAGACAAUGUGAAUGUAUUCGCUGGAAAAAUAACAAAAGAAGGCCAGAAUGCAUUAGCUCAUAUGUCUGGAGAAAGAGUGAUUGGCUUGGUAGACUGUUUGUCAUCUGAAAUAAUCAUCAAUGAGGAAUACAUUUGCAAGGUACCAGACGAAAUAUCUUGUGUAGCUGCUGUUCAUAUUGCUAGAAAACAACUGCUACCAUACCUUGCAUUGACACACAUUGCCCAAGUACAUGACAAAUCUACAAUAUUGAUGUAUGUAAAUGAUGAGAUUGAUGAAUCUGAAACAACCAUAACAAACAUAGGAAGAUUACUGGGUGUGCAUGUACAGACCAGCAGAAAUUUGGGAAGACAAACAAGUGCCCUUGUGAAUGGAGGCGAAAGUGUGCAUCCUAUCAGUCAGCUUGACAAGUUUGAUCUAAUAAUCUUGAGACAUGGUGAGGAACUGAAGCAAGAGCAAAUUAGCCUGAUAUGUUCUAAAUUGAAUCCAUUUGGAAAAAUCCUUUUCUUCCAUGAAAGAAAUUUAGUAAAGUUCCCAUCUCACAUACAAGUACUGAGUCUAGAUUUUAGAAUGUUUCAUAGUCAGGCACAAGGGUGCGUGAUCUUUCAAGAAAAAAUGCUAGAACUCAUGCAUUUUCUACUUCGCCAUGGUGAUAUAUCACCAACAUGUGAGUCAGAGUCCCCUACCAAGUUGUUAUCUGAAGUUUCUGCAUUUAGGAAUGUUGAGUUGAAUAUGACAGUCAUAGCUGUUGAUAAGGUGGAAGUUCCUGUCUUGCUUGAUAUGGAUGAUGGUGAUAUCAGGUUCAAUCCCAAAGCAGCUUAUUUGAUUACUGGUGGUAACAAAGGGUUUGGAUUAGAGAUGGUGCAAUGGCUUGCCAAUAGUGGAGCUGGUUAUAUCAUUACAUUCUCAAGAAGUGCACCAGAUGUAGAAGCUCAACAUAAAUUUGAUACAAUACAGAAAAGAACAAAUGUCAGUAUACUACCAAUGAGAGUAGAUGUAACAGACAGAAAUUCACUUGAAAACGCCUUUACCAAGAUCAAAGAGAAUGAAACAAUACCAGCAUUAGAAGGAAUAUUCCAUUGUGCAGUAGUUUUCCACGACAACCUACUCAAGGAUAUUACUGAAGAAGAGUGGAAUUCAGUGAUGGCGGCAAAAGCAUAUGGCGCUCUUCUUCUACAUCAACUCAUCAAGCAGUUUGAAUUCCCAAUCAGAUAUUUUGUCAUGAUGUCAUCAAUUAUUGCGCUAAUUGGAAACUCAAGCCAAGCUAGCUACUGUUCUGCAAACAUGUUCUUAACUAGUCUGGGUCAGCUGAGAAGGAGUCAAGGUCUGCCAGCCACAGUUCUGCAUGCAGGGGUUAUCAAUUCAACCGGGUUUGCUGCCAGAAAGGGGUAUGUUGCUAUAUGGGAUGCAAAAGGAGUGAAGAGUAUGUCACCUGCACAACUUCUCUAUGUCCUUGGUUGCGCAAUCAUGGCAAAAUGCACAGCCCUAGGAAUUACAUCAAUGUACAAUAAGAAGAAAUACUACGAUAUGAAUAAACACAUGAUCAUCAAUCACUUGAAGGGAGAUCCCGGUCUAUUUUCUAUCUUUAAAAAGCUAAUCACAAUUGAAGACAAAUACUUAGAAGAUUCUAAUGAUAAUGUGGUGAACAAAAUUCGUUCAGAAGAUCUAUCAUCAGCCAUCAGAAUAAUAGAAGAACAUGUUUGUGAUUAUUUGAGACGAGUUCUUGGAAUAUCAGGGGAGGUGCAAACUAAUGUUUCUCCUUUUUCACUUGGUCUUGAUUCUAUGAUGUCAGCAGAAAUGAGUUCUGUAUUAACAAAUCUGUUUGGUGUCUUACUUCAACCAGUUGAGCUUCUGAAUGACCAAAUGACAAUCAAUAGUUUAAGUGAAGAAAUAUAUUAUAAGGUGCUUGGGAGCAGCAGCUCAGAAAAUAAGCAGGUUACAAUUCAAGAACGCAGUGUUCCCAAGCUUUUUGUAAUUGAUGGGCCGCAGAAGGAAUGUCAUUUCCAGCUAGUAUGUUUCCCACCUAAUGGUGGAGGAACUUCCGUAUUCAAGCAUUGGUACCAAUCAUUGCAUAAACAUGGUAUACAGACAGUAGUUGUCCAGCCCCCAGGGUGGGAAGGCAGAGAAAGCGAGAAACCUACAAAGAAGUUACAAAAUCUGGUUUCACUUAUCGGUGAUCAGUUACAGCCAAUACUCUUGACAGGAAAGCAUAUCUUCUAUGGCCACAGUCUUGGAGGUUUGAUUGCAUUUGAAGUAGCACACUACAUAAUUGCUAAGUAUGGUAUGUGUCCAGUCCAGCUGUUUGUCGGUGGCUGGUAUGCUCCAUCAAUGCCAUAUCCACAUCCCAAUGAUUACAAUGUUCCAUUUGCAGCUCUAUACACGUCAUCCAAUAUCUCAGACAUUUUACGAGAAUAUGGAGCAUUCAAAUUCAUAGAUGAUGCUGUAUUAAACAACUCAGCUGUAUUGGCAAGACUACUGCCAUGUUUUGAAGCAGGACUGGAAAUUUGCAAAUCGUACAAAUAUGCCCACCUUACACAGCUGCCGUGUGAUCUGACUGUUUUUGUAGGCAGUAAAGAUGAGUUUAUCAAGCCAUACAUGGUGGAUGGUUGGCAAAAAGAAAUAAAUCAACAGUCAAAGUUCAAGAAAAUCACUCUCCCUGGGAAACAUCUCUUUCUUUUGACAUCGGCACCUAUAUUGCUCAAGGAGUUCAUCAAGACCAGUUUUACAUGUACUACUGUCAAUGGUAUUUCAAUGGCGGUGCGGGAAGUUGGAGACAUAACGCAACAGAAGACUAACUUGAAACAUGAUGCUGCAAUUCAAGCUGGUGUCAGCUUUUUGAGUCAUGAUUCGGAUCUGCUGUUGUAUUAG